GUUUUUAUUUUGAUUUCACAAAAUUCUCGUUCGUUUUCGCGAUGGAUUUGUGCAAAAUUCACUUUGUUUAUGACAAUUUGUAGCCAUUUUUGGACCGUGUUUUUAAAAAGUGUGUGACCCGCCUAAAACCAAACCUGGUAGUAUGGCUGAAUCCAGCUCAGAGUCGGACAGCUGCUCUAGCUUGCAGACCGAUUCGGAGAGCGACCAGGAAACCAACGGGGAUGAGCCUAGAUACAACAUCGAACAAGUGGAUUACACGGCCACGGCGAAGGACAUCAUCUGUGAAAAUGUGAACAUAACGACCGAUAAUGCCCUGAAUCUAAACAGCGGCUAUCACAACAUGCUAAAAACGUUGCGCAACAAGCUCGAGAUUCUGCUGGCUCAGUGCCAAGAACGGCAGUCCGAGAUCGAUCAGCAACUGGAGGCAUACAAGAACGCCCGGAAGCCGGAGGUGGGGAAGAGUCGUACUUCCGGCUACAUUUGCGGGCAGCCUUACUUCAAAGAUGAAGAUCUGUACCCGGGACCGCACAACGACGAUUAUUUGCGCCGAAAAAACGUCUACAAGGAGUUUUUUCCGUUAGAUAUGUUCGAAAUUACCGAUACCAACUGGACGGUAAAAGACAAGGUGAACAUUUUAAAAGGCGUCAAAACUCAAAUAAUCGAAUUUAUUGAGAGAGAGAAUAAGUUGAAGAUAAAAAAGCUAGGCAACGGGUUGGAAGCCGAGCGAUUGAGACGGGAAUUUUUGGCGCUGCAAGGCAAGGACAUUGGAGAACUGUGGGAGAAAGUUAAGAAUUUUCCAACGAAUUAUCCAGGACAAAAAUUCGAGCUUGACUGGCUGCGGAUAUCGAAUAUUAACAUAAGUGGUCGACAUUCGGUUGCUUCGUGCAUUGGAAUUUGGAAUAAUUAUAUGAUCCCAGGACUGGUAAGAAGCUCAUGGAAGGCUGCUGAGGAGAAAAAGCUGUUGGCAGCUGUAAAAAAGUAUAAUCGACAAGAUUGGAGUAGCAUCGCGAAAGAGGUUCCUGGUAGAUCCGGUUAUCAGUGUUUUGUACAUUAUCAGACGACUUUUUCCGACCUUGCACAGAUCAAACACGAACGAUGGACUGCUGAAGAGGAUGCGCGGCUAAUUCGCGUGGUGGACGAGAAUCGGAUAGGAUCAAAUAUAAUCUGGAAUAAAGUCGUGGAGAACAUGCCGUUGAGAAAUAAAGUCCAAUGCUAUAAUCGGUAUAAAUUUACGUUGAUGCGGCCUACGAAAAACGCCAAAUUCACCCCUGAGGAAGAUUGUAUAAUAACGGCGUACGUCCAGGAGCGAGGUGACGAUUUUCGUUUCAUGCCGCCGAACUUACUGCCGGGUAGAAGCACAAGACAAAUUUGGGCUCGCUAUCAUCAUACGUUGAAGUACGUCAACAAACACUCGGGUUGGACGAUCGAGGAUGAUAUGCGGUUGAUGAAUUUUAUCAAAGAAAAUCUCACGGAGGAAGGUCCGAAGAAAAUAUCGUGGGCUGCUUGUGCCAAAGUCAUGUCAAACCGAUCGCGCUUAAGCUGUCGGACCCGAUACUACACAAUAGAAAGGUUUCUGGAAAAAAAUCCGGACGCAACACUGGAUGACGUCCCUCGAAGGGAUAAGAAUUUGUCAUCGAAUGUAACCAACGACAAUUGGAUGUCGAAAUUCAUGGAAAUGCGUAAAGAUGGUGUUCCCACAGAAAACAAUAAACAGCAGCCUUCCACAUCGCGUACAAAGGAGAAAACACCGAAAGUUAAGAAAGUACCAUUAUUUUCAAGCACUUUAAGAUGUCCUUUCAAGAAACGUUUGUACGAAAAAUUCAAAUAUUGCUAUCAUUUUAAAUUUGGAAAUCAAACUCCCAAUACUGCUUUGGUGAACCACCACAUCAACGUUAUACUAGAACUGCUUAACUGUUCAGCCGGCUCUUUCGGUAUCGAAUCUAACUUGGAGACUUUGAGUGCAUCAGAGCUAGCUACCGUUAAAGGAAUCCUAAAUGUGCAUUUGAAUCCCAGUUUUAAAGCAUAUCUUGCAAGCGUCCGGUAUUGUUUCUAUUACCCUCCUAACUAUGACACUAUCAUUGGGCUACGUGGAGUUGUUUUGAAUGCAUAUUAUCCGCAUUUUAAGGGUCAAGAACAACCGAUAAAUCUACAGAAAACUGAUCCAGAUUACGAGAACACAUUGGAAAAGUUUCGAGCACGAUUUCGAUCAUUAUUUUUCUGGACAAUGUGUCUGAUGCAACAAAAUGCCAGCGAAACAAAUUUCCAAGAAGCGCAACCAGAAACCGUUGAUGAAUAUCAAAUGAUUGAAAAAGUUGAGAUGCAUCACGAUCUAACCUACGUCGAAUCAGUUUCUCUCCAAAAACUUCCUCCUAUGGGUAGAAUUGUCGAAGAAUCGAGUACUGAACUCGUACCCACAACGGUAUGCUUGGAUCAACUUAAUCUGGGUGCUAAUCGUCAGGUUGAACGAGCUUCUUCCUUGACUCGCGAUCUUCGUAACUUCCACCCUACUAAUGUAAGAACUCCGGAACCGCCGUUGAACAUUGAACCGCGUACUGAAGUACAACACAGUUAUCAAUCCAACAACAAUUAUCAACCUGUUCCAUCUACUGCUAUUGAAACAAUUCUCCCGCAACAACAAUUGGUGCCGGUGAGCAUUCAAUACGGUUCGACAAUUUAUUACCAACCGGUUCAAACGCAAGUUGAUUCUUUCGUCAAUGUGCAACCGCCUUCCUACCAGACGUUCGGACAGUUCAUACCGGCACCCUCCUGUUCCCUGCCCGGUAACAAUCUAGUAUCCCAGAUAACUGUGAUCAAUCCCGAGGACCUUCCGGCAGUUAACCUUCAACAGCAGCAACAACCAUUAUCGAUGGUCGAGGUUUCAGAAACGAGCAAUGAUCAACAGCAGACUGGUACGGAUUUCCAAUGCGAUGAAAAUGAUUCAGAUGAAUAUGAUUCUACUGAAAAUUUGCCAAGUGCCAAUCACUAUUACAGGGAACCGUCAUCGCUGAUUGACUUCGAAGAUGCGAUAGAUCGGAUGCAAGAUAGUGGAGUACCGGUUACUGCACAAGAUGAAAAAUCUGGUAGAGAUUCAGAAAUUCAGGCUCAGUGUUCGAUCAUCCCGACUUCGCUAGCACAGAAGCUUGUCGCCCAAUGUAAUAACUCAUCGCACGUGAAGUAUGUUACCAACAUAGGAGAUUUUGUGAUUGAAGAGUUACAUGAAACAAAUCCCAAUGGUAAACAAAUGUCAUCACCCGUUGUAAACGAAACUCCGAGCUCAGGACCAUGUAAUAUCGAAAGCGGAAUCGAUACUAAUGAAAAUAAUUCCGGAAUUAUUCCGAUUAAAACGGAAACGAGUUCUUGCACCGAAGAACCGGAAGUUGUCAACCGAACUGAGAAAAGUUUAGUUGAAAAACGUACCUACUCGAGAGGUAAUAGGCAUAAUAAGAUACCCUAUAAGCACGUUAAAGAAAUGACAGUUUAUCCGUCUCACGCAUGGCGUUGGGAUCACGUUGCAGAAGUCGACGGAGAGCUUCAUUUUGAUUUGUGGGAAAGUUGCGACCCUUUCAGAACAAGGUUCAAUAUGUUGAAAGAUGAUGAAAUUUUGCCCCGGCGGAGAAAAUCGAUGCAUCAAGAAGUGAUCGUCAUAGACGAUGACGACGACAUCGACAUUAAAGAAGAACCAUUAGAUCUGGAUGAGAUGGAAGGGUUACCUGAGGAGCCAAAUGAACAAGUAUCGAACGAUGUCAAUUGUAUUCAGGAAAUCAUACAGACUGCUAGUAAUAUCCUGCGAAUAUCGGAAACUUAUAAGUUGAUGCAAGCUCGGAACUCUACUGAUGAUUCGGGACCAUCAACUAUGCCUCCUCCUGCUUCACUUGCUUGUUCUCAGCCUAUGUCAGAUUUGUUGAUGGUUCAAACCCCUUCUAGGAUAUUUGAUGAGGAAUCGAACUGCUACUAUUACGUUGACGAAGUUCAGGAAAAUUCGCUGAAUGAAGCAAACGUACACAUAGUAUCUCGGGAAUAUAAAACCGAAGAAGAUGCACAAUUCGAGUCACAGAGCAACCUGGCUGGAAUGGUCCAACAAUCGCUUGAGGCAACGUAUCCCGUUAUGCCUAGUUUCUCUACACCUUACAGGGUUCCACCUUCGAUGCCGGGCGAUUCCUUACAGGAAUGGCCUUCACCAGAACAAGAAACUGAUUCGAUUAGUCUUAACAAAACCCCAUCUACCUACAGUAGAAAUGUUCACAGACGACAAACUGUUCAGGUGGAAAUCGUACCAGUUCCACAAGUGCCGGAACCUAUUCCAGGUCCUUCUAUUAGGAAACCAAAACGACCCCCGAGAUCGAACGCCGAAUCGCCGUCUGCUGAACAGCAACGCGGAAUUCAGGAGAAGGCUCUCACGUUACUAGAUGCCCUGUAUAGAAACAAUUCCAAACGAACAACUCCGAUAGAAACGCCCACAGCUAAACGUCCUAGAUUAGAGGAACCUGAACCAGAACCAGUCUCGGUUUCAAUAAAAAUCGAGCCGCAGGAUGAUACCAUGGUUGAAGAAUUGGUAGACGCAGUGGACAUCAUUAGCGCACUAAGCAAUCUUCGAGAUUCGUCAAACGAACAAGUCAAUGAGGAAGAACUCGAAUUUCUGCGGCAGCUGGAUCGUACACCAAAACCACCAGCCAUAUCACUAGUACCCGUUGCUCCGAAACCGCCGAAAGUAUCAGAACAACCCUCAACCUCAACAUGGCGAACGGCAACCCAGGAGAAAGUUCAUAGCAUUAUCCAAAACUCUGCAAACCGAUCAGCGAUGAACAUUCGUUUCAAAAUCGGAGAGCUAACGAUUCAAAAAGUGCAACCCAAAUAGUCAAACAUUUAAAAAUCAUGUUCAGUAAUCGUAAUCGUAAAUUAAAAUAAUGUUCUCAACUAUUCUAAAGAUUGAAAAAAGCUAUCACCUGAUUGAGUGUUCACACACGAGAAACAUCAAGAACUUUAUUGCCCUUCGCCUAGCGCCUUCGUCGAUCGUAAUCCCGUUCGCGAUCUCUUUCACGUUCGUAAUUUCCUCUGUCUCUUUCGCGUCCUCCCCGGUCUCCGCCCCUAUCGACUCGUUCCCGCUCACGAUUGCGGUCCCUAUCUCGGUCAUCGUAUCGGGUCCUAUCACGGUUCCGAUCGUCAUUUCUAUCAUUGCGAUCUCUUUCGUGUCGCCGUUCUCGAUCCCGCUCCUUCUCCCUCAUCUCGCGAUCUUUGUAACGGUUAUCCGGGGACCUGAAUUUAGAAAAAAAAACUAAUCAAUUACACCCUUCAAUUUAAUAACCAGUAUCGUAUUGAAACUGACUCUCUUCUCUCGUAGUCCCGCUCACGGCCCCGGUCAUAAUCCCGGUAACGAUCUGCACCCCGUUCCUUGUAGGCGCCGGAAUCUUUCGUCUUUUCUGCCUGCCUUUCCCUGGAGCCGGACCGGUCCCGUCGGCUGUCUCGAAUUCUUAUUGUUUCCAACUUUUUUUCCUUUUCCUUUGCUUUCAGCGCCUCGGCAAUCUCUUCCAAAUUCUCGUCAUCGCUGGGCAUUUCCUCAUCGAGAUCAUCAUCCAAAGCCGACACCUUCGGGUCCAGCUCGUUGUUCUCUUCCAGCACUAGGCGCUUCUGAAUUCGAGGCAGUAUUAUAUCGCAAACGCGUUCCUCCCGCAGCAGCUCAUCGAUGAACUCAUCCAUAUGGACCAGCUCGUA